GGCGGAGGGUGCAUGGAGAGGGGCAAUGACCACGACACCGCCGGGCCGAGGGAGAGGAGCGCGGCCACAGAGCUAAGCCGGAGGAGCAGGGUGGAUGUUCCGGGCCCAGAGGUGAUGAGCCUGGGGACCGAAAGGGCCUGAUUCCCUCGGCCAGAGGCGCAGGCGGCCCAUCACUGGCCCGCCCCUCUGCUGCUGGUCGGUCGCCAAGCCGCGGCCGCCGAGGGAGGGACAGGCCCGAGUUCCCCGAGCCCCCAGCGAUUCCGGAGGAGCACCCCUCCUGGACAGUAGUGCACGUGUGCUCGGGACACCGCAGGUCCGUUCAGGGGCUACUUCGGGCCCGCGCUGGCGGUGGCUGACGCCAGGACCGGCGCCACCGGCGGCCCUCUGCGCACCACCUGUGCGCAUCCUGUCCACAACAGUUGGACUCAGAUCGCCGCUUCCGGCGCGCGCGGUGACCCGCGGGUCCGCGCGCUCCGCAGUCCCGCCUCAGCUCUCCACCCAUUGGCCGAGUCCCUUAAGCCACGCCCCUCAGCUGCGGCUGCGCGUCGGACCCAGCGGCGGCCAAUCGGAACUGCUCUUGUUGCAGAGCGCCCGGUCCGCAGUCGAUCCGAGUGCCGCGAGGUCGCAGCGGGGGUCCACCAGCGCUUCGCUUUGGUUUAGGCCCGGCGCUGGGUGCCCGAACCGUCGGAGGCAGAGUCAAGAGCCGCCAGCUCAGGGCACGUCAUGGGUUUCCUGACCGCAGUGACUCAAGGCUUGGUGCGUGGAGCAGACAGAAUGAGCAAGUGGACCAGUAAACGAGGGCCGCGCACCUUCAACAAAGGACGGGGCGCCAAGGGCACAGGCAUGCGUGCCUCGGGCUGGAAAUUUGUACAGAUAAAGGAACAGGUCCCAGAAUUUGUUGUCCCAGACUUGACUGGCUUCAAGCUCAAGCCCUAUGUGAAUUACCGAGCUCCUGCAGGCACAGACACACCACUGACUGCCAAAGCACUCUUCCUGGAAACAGUUGCACCUGCUAUCCAAAAGGACUUUAAAGAAGGCACUUUCAGUCCUGACAACCUGGAAAAGUACGGCUUUGAGCCCACACAGGAGGGCAAGCUCUUCCAGCUGUAUCCCAAGAACUUCCCACGUUAGAAAGUACAGUGAUCAUGAGCAUAAAUUUGCCUUGGAACUAGAGGCUGCACUGGCCCAGCCUAAGAUCAUGAGUUCCUGGAGGAGUAGGAGGCAGUUUCCCUAUCUCAUUUCUAUUAAAAGCGUUGCUAACCCUG